UAUUUGCAACCAAUAGCGACUAACGUUUUUUUGCUCACCUUCACCACCUUCCUUAAAUGUAGAAAGGACUUUUUGUCCAAUCACAGCAGCUGUCAAAUAUUGAACGUCCAAUGGUGUAACAUUGGCUAAUUUCCUAUUGGGUAAAGAACGAAAGGGGUCUCACUAGCGCCGUCUAGUGAGCAAUUCCAUCACGAAGUUGGCUUGCGACAAGGAUUGGAAACUUCUUGAUAGAAUUGUACAUCAAAACUUUUUAGUCACAACAUUGACAUUAAAAUUUAACACUGGUCUUAUUUAUUCUUAUUUCAUCAUUCUGUCAGUUACAAAUAUAAAACCUCACCGAACAAACGCAAGAAAAAAACGUCACCCUAUCUGAAGUGAUGGAGCCUUAUUUUCGCAAAGGAUUUACAAUGCAACAGCAUCUUUAGAAACACGAUUUAAUAUCAAUUUAUUUCAUAAUGGAUCCUUGUGUGGGGGAGUGUGAGUUAGCCGAGAGGGACCCGGGGCUGUGCGUGUGCAAGGAGGGACCGACACUCGACAUCCUCAAGGACAUACAGCGGCUCUAUGAGGAGAAGUUGGAACAAUUAGAGAGGGCCUGUGGCGUUACUAAACUGCAGCAACAAGUGAAUCUACUUCGAUCGUGGGUGAGUGACUUGGUGGGCCAGAACACACUCCUCGCGCGUGCUGUAGAAGAGCUUGAGACAGAAGCCACCACCAAACUGAUGAUGGAACGCCAGAAGAACAGCGAGAGAGGUUCGAAGAACAUAAUAUGCGGUAAAGUGUCGGAGCUGAAGCUGUUAAACGAGACGCUGCACAAGGAGAAUAUGGCCAAGGAAAGAGAGAUAAGACAGCUGAAUAAGGAAGCCCAAGCAUACGAGCAAACCAUCAUGAACCUUAGGAAAGAGAUGUCAAGCUGCAAGUAUCACUCGCCAGAGGUGGCGAAAAAGGACGCCGAGGUGAUGGCCGGCAUGUGCUGCACGGGGACUGAGUGCCCUGGUGCUGAGCCGAAGACUUCGACUCCUAACCAGAGCUGUGCGCUGCAGUGCGAGGUCACCUCGUCCACGCCAAACGUAUCCUUCAUAGAGAGAUCCUGUUCAGUACCGGUCCUGGUGUCUGAUGCCUCGAUAGCAGAUCUCGAGUGUCACUUCCAGAAACACAACACUUCAUUCAAGAAAGACCAGUCAAACAAUACUGUCUUCUGUACUCCAAGGGGAUCUAUACGGACACCGCCUUGUAACGUUUCCAAGAAUUCUUCCUGUCAGGCUUCUCCUAGAUACUGUCCACUGCAGGAGUCUCCCCAAGUUUGUCCCUGGCAAGAAUCAUCCCGAGGUUGUACCCUGCAAGGGUCUCCUCGACGUUGUCCCAGCCAAGAGCCCAGCUGUCCGGCUCAGCGUCCGCCACCGUGUCACAAGUCUAUAGAUUCCAGUCGGUGCUAUGGGGAAGGUCACAAUCAAGGACUAUCGAAAUUUGCCCAGCCUGAAUGUCCCGCCAACAAGCCUCAGAAAAAAAAGAAACAAGAGAAGGUUCAUUGUGAAUGCGGUAAAGAAAAGGUCCAUUGUGAAUGUGACAAAGAAAAGGUCCAUUGUAAAUGUGGUAAAGAGAAGGACGAUUGUAAAUGCACCAAAGAGAAGGUCGUUUGUAAAUGCGGCAAAGAGAAUGUCAUUUGUAAAUGCGGCAAAGAGAAGGACGAUUGUAAAUGCGGCAAAGAGAAAGUCAUUUGUAAAUGCGGCAAAGAGAUGGACGAUUAUAAAUGCGCCAAAGAGAAGGUUAUUUGUAAAUGCGGUAAAGAAAAGGUCAUUUGUAAAUGCGGCAAAGAGAAGGACGAUUGUAAAUGCGGCAAAGAGAAGGCAAUUUGUAAAUGCGGUAAAGAGAAGGUCAAUUCUAAAUGCGGUAAAGAGAAGGACGAUUGCAAAUGCGGCAAAGAGAAAGUCGAUUGUAAAUGCGGCAAAGAAAAGGUCGAUUGUAAAUGCGGCAAAGAUAAGGUUUAUUGUGAAUGCUUUGAAGAGACGGUUGAUUGUGAAUGCGUUGAAGAGAUAUACUUUAACGAUGAAAUCAAGAAGAGUAGUUGUUCAAGUCCUAAGAGCUGCUGUACCGAGCGCUCAGACUCACAGAGGUGCAAGCAAACGCCGUCGGAGCUGUUCACGCAACUACAAAAAGGUCUGACGUGUAGUUCUUCCACUAAGAUGAGAAAGGACAGUGGCGCCACCUGUAGUCUAAUUGACAGUUCAACCGCAACUUGCGACGCGUCCUUCUACCACAGUAAAUUACUAGCUACUCUACAGAUAUUGCAGAAUAAAGAGGAAACGAUAGGAGUUCAGGCGGACAGUUUAGCGGUGGCUGAGGAGCGUAUCGCUACACUUACAGAACGUGCUAAUGAACUGAAGAAAGAACUUGAUAGGAAGACUAAAGAGUAUCAGACUCUGCGCAAGUUUGGAGACUGCUGCAAGGUGGUGAAGCAUGACGUGUGUGUCGUCACGGACAGACCGAUGGAAGAUCAGAGAGCGAUAGUGACCACGUUGGAGAACAACUUAAGCGUUAUAGAGGAACUUUACAGGGAAUGCUUUUAUGAGACUGCAAAACAGGAGAACUUAAUAGAAAUGCUUCGCAGUUCAUAUCUAGAUGUGCGCCUUAUGGAGAAACAGAAAGCUGAUCAAAUUGGGCACCUCCAAACUGUGAUCGAUAAGCAGAAAUGGUCAAUAGAUAGAUGUAAAGACAUAGCCUCAGAAGUUGAUGGUUUGAAGACGGAGAUAUCGAACUUUUUGAACAGUACCACGUCGACAUCGACAAAUCACGACUCGGGUAUGUGGGAGCGUAGUGAGGACUCGUUGACAUCAGUACCAGGCGUGCAGGAUGACUUGCAGGAAGUCACGGAACAACUCUUGCGUCUGCAGGACUUGCUCGCUCUUGGUUGCUCUUGUGGUUUGAAGGACGAAAAUAUAAAGCUAAAGAAAGAAGCUGAGGGACUACGUAUUAAAAUGGGUAAUCUGCAACAAAAGCUAUGUAGCUUGGAAGGUGUGCUCGCACUCAAGAACGACGCAGACCUGAAAUACCAAGCAGAGAUCGAGAUGAAACAUCAAGAAUUGUCAAAGAUACGGGAGCAAUUGGCACGUUCACAGGAAGACACGUGUGAAGCGAUGUCAAUGCAGCUCAGACGUACUAAAGCGUUGUUGGACGAGAAGACGGAAUUGAUAAAUCAACUGAAACAAGAGAAUGAGUGUCAAGCGGAGAAGAUUCAGAAUAUUCAGGAAGAACUGGAAAAAGCCGACAGUAUUAUAAAAGAGAACUGCAAGAUGCGCAGCGAGGUGUCGUACCUGAGCGCGCAGGUGGAGCUGUGGCGCGCCCAGCUCGACGACUCGCAGCGCCACGUGUGCGCGCUCGACCAGGAACUGGCCAGGACACGCGCGCACACGCAGAAGAUCGACGCUUGCUACAGAGAGAAGGUAAGUGCGGUGGCGGAGCUGCAGUCGCACCUGGAGCAGGCCUACGCGCGCGGCGCCGCGCUCUGCGGGGAGUCGCGCCGCGCCGUCGGCGCCGUGCGGACUUGGAUGCGGAGGAUGAGAGACAAGCACAGAGAACAAGAAGCAUUACUUAAGGAAAAGGACGCUCUGCUAGAGAUACUCCGGCGCCACCUGGAAGAGAGGCAAAGCGGGUCCCAACACAUCUGCACCACCUGCGAGAAGCUGGCGCCGUGCUCCAAGUGUCAAUCCAGAGAUGAUCGCAGCUUCACAUGCAAGUCGAGGAGCCCACCCUGCCGCAGCGUCAGUCCCAGUGAUACGCCGAGCUGUUCCUCCACUCCUACGACGUUACGGGUGUUGGAAAAUAAAGAGGCCGCUGCUAAGCGCUGCAAGGCGUGGAUGUGUGACACGGGCGUCCAGCUGCCGGAGCGGCGCGAGUCCGGCAGCGACGCGGCGCCGCGGGCCGCCUGCUGCGACCUGCGGGCCGCGCGACACGUGCGCCUCGGCCGCGCCACGCUCCAGCUGCACCCGCCGGGCCCCGCCGCCCCGCGCCGCGACCCGCUACAGCUGCAGGCCGUCAGCCCCAGUUCUAGCUGUGUACGCGUAAAACGCUCAUGUGCAGGACCCAGAUCCAGUUGUGCGCCCGUACAGCUAUCAUGCGCGGGCCCCAGUUCUAGCUGUGCACCCGUGCAGCUACCAUGCUCGGGCCCCAGUUCCAGCCGUGCACCCGUGCAGCUACCAUGCGCAGUCCCCAGUUCAAGUUGCGCGCCCAUACAGCUACAAUGCGUAGGGUCGGGGUCCAGCCGCGCGGCGCCGAGCCCCGAGCGCGGGCGGCGCGGCGCGGGGCGCGCGGUGUCGCCGACGGAGGAGUUGUUGCAGCGCGUGGAGCAGUUGUCGGACGCGCUGGCGGACGGCAGCCGGCGCUGGGCGCGCGGCCGGGACGCUGUCUGACUCUACGCCGCGCGAAGAUACGAUGCCCGACCAAUUUUUUUGAGUCAUUCAUUUUAUUGCUGCCUACUGUACGUGUUAGUGAGUGUUAGGUGUCAUGUGUGAAGCACCAGCCUUAGCCGAGUCAAUUAUUUAUAAUAGUUAACGCUAAAGAAAAACGAGCUCAAGCCAUUGGAAUUGUUUAAUUCUAGAAUAAAAAUAUACCUACAUGUCUCGCUAUAGGGCAGGUCCAUGUGUUUUAUAAAACAUUAUUUCCAAUGAGAACUAAUGUGGAAUGAAAAAAAUUAAAACCUACCAAAAGGUUUGACACUGGCUUUUCUAAUGUGGCAAGCAACAAACCUUAAUUUUCACUGGAGCAUGUUGUCGAAAAUUCUGGUACGAUAGUUCUCAUUCAGUUCCAAGUUGAAUGUGUAAUGAUAAAAAUAUUCACCAUUCAUCACAUUCUGCAUAAUAUUCCAGAUAAUAUGAGUUCGUAUAAUCUGUGGUAGUCACGUGAUAGGGUUGCUAAAGUUGAGAUGGUGUUGCCACAACGGCAUUAACUAGUUUUAUUUAAAAGACAUUUUAGUGCAUUUAUUAAUUUUAGUUAUAACAGUAUUAUU